AUGUCCCCCGCAGCCUUAGGCUCAAAAUAUUUGGUGCUCACGUUCGCGUGGUUCUUGCUUCUGCUCGCCUCCUCUGCCGUUUGCGCCACCCCACUACACGCGGCUGCUCAGCGAGACGACGCCGCUGCCUUGAAGAGGCUGCUCGCGGAAAGCGAAGACGUGGACGUGCUCGACGCACGAGGCUUGAGUCCGCUGCACAUCGCCGCCGUGAAAGGGCGCGCAGCAGCUGCGCGACUGCUGCUACAGCACCACGCCUCGGCGACGCGAGCAGACGCCCAGGGCAUGGCGCCGCUGCAUCUGGCUGCGCUCGGCGGCAGCGCAGAGGUGACUCGCUUGCUGCUGCAGCACGGUGCUUUGCUUGACGCAGUUGAGCCCACGCACGAGAGCACGGCGCUCCACAUCUCAGCUGCACGGCCACGCCGUGACUGCGACGUUGCUGGCGUCCUGCUCGAAGGCGGCGCAUCGCUCGAUCUCAAGGACGGCGAGGGCCGCACGCCCUACCGCAUCGCAAUGGACGUGGAGAAUGCACCGUGCAUAGAGCUCUUCCGAGGCUGGCGGUCGAGACCCUCCCAUCAGGACCUCGCUGAUGUGUGCCCAGCCUGGCAAGGGCAAGUGUUCCAAAACUCAUACGCGCACAGUCGUCCGGCGCACGUCUACAGUGCCACAGGACUAUUCACUCCGGCCGAGGCGGAUUUGAUCAUCCAGCAAGUCGAGCAGCAGGGAGUAGACACGUCAGCGACGUGCUCGACGGACAACAAGACGGCAUAUGAGCGCUACCUCCUCAAAGAUGGCGUCGUUGAAGACGUGGCCUGGGAGGAGUUGCUUGCGGUGGUCGCUGCGCGCGUGCAUGCGUGCGUGCCACCAGUCUUGCACGCCUUCAACUGCAGCAAGUGUGUGCAGUGCACAACCUUGGUUAGACGAUACAGACCGGACGAGCGCAUGGAGGUACCUGCGCAUCGCGACCAGGACGCCGCAUUGACGCUCGUCAUCGAGCUCCAUCCCGCUGAGCCGGCGCCAGCCAGUGGCGGCCUGUACGUGCAGGAUGGACGCGAUCAGUCUGCCCGCAGGUACACGGGAAUGCUGGCCGGCGAUGCGGUUGCGCACACGUAUGAGCUGCUGCACGGUGUCUCUCUCUCGUGCGAGCCAUCGAGUCCAGGCUGUGAGCGCUACUCUCUCAUCAUUUGGUUCCAGGCCAGCACUGAGCAGUGCGCCACAGGACGUCCAGCUUGGGUUCACGACCGAAAGCUUCAGCUGGAAGCGAAUCUGGGGGACUUCCUCGAGGCAGCGCGCAGUAAAAUUGGAGCAGACGGAGCAGACCAGGUGGAUGAGGCGACGGCGCGACGUGUCUUGGCGGCGCACAUUUCUGAGAACGGCCGUUUGACCAGCGCGGCUUUUGCCGCCGCCCUAGCGGCGCUGCAACAGUCGGUUGGUAUGGACCAUACCGCUCGUGAAGCAAAGAUUGAGGACAAUCUCCAAAGGUUCCUAGACGCCGUGCGUGUGGCACUCAAGCGUAGCGACGUGCCACCAGCUGCUGCACGCCGUGCGAUGCAAGCGCACUCCAACGAUGAAGGCGACUUUGCAGACUCCAAUGGCGUCGUUGACACCAAGGCGCUGGUAGAAGCCUUUGCCGCCGUGCAGGCAGAGCUGGACGAUGCGCCAACUGCUGGUCGACGCAACAACCAGGCGUGA